UUCUCCAUCCUAGAAGAACCACUACACAAUGAAACUAGUAGCAUUAAUGCUCACUUGGUUUUUUGUCACUUCAUUGAUCUUAGUGAAUGGAGAUGUAGGCACUGCAACAUCAUAUGGUCCUCCUUAUCUCCCAACUACAUGUCCGGGAUACAGUAAAGAUGAUCUCCCUGAAGGUGGACUAUUUGCUGCAGCAAGUAGUGGGAUUUGGGACAAUGGAGCAGCAUGUGGGAGGAGAUACAAGCUCAGGUGUUUGAGUGGACUCAAGAGGCCAUGCAAAGAUGCAUCCAUUGUUGUUGAGGUUGUGGAUCUUUGCAAGACUAACCCUUGCUCUGCCACCCUCCUCUUGUCUAAUGAGGCCUUUGAUCUUGUGUCCAAGACAUCAAGCACCAAAAUUAACAUUGAAUAUUCACAGAUAUAAUAUAAUUAAAGUAUUGACUAUGUAUUCAUGUCAAAACUGUAAUCAGUCAAAUGAAAAAUAUAUUUGCCUUGUUACUUUUC